GUGAAAAGAAAAAGAGAGAAGCUAUAAAACCGUGCAAGAAGUUGAGCUGAAAAGAACAGGGAACAGGCCUACAAGAUUGGCCACACAUGCGCUCUAUGCUCUAUCUCUCUCAUUUUGACAGAGGGCUAUCGAUGAGUCUAAUCUGUAAUCGUUAUCAAAUCGUAUAACUAUACGAUGGUGGGACGAGCUUGAAGUAUUACAUUUACAAUAAGGUCCGCUGCAAUUAGCAAUCACGUCCUGUAUUCGUGUGAUUAUUUUUAGCCUCCGAUCGUUAAUAAAUUGAAAGGGGCUAACCUAUCUUUUUUGACGUUUGUAUAUCGAAUAAAAGGGAUAAAGUGCGGAUUCAAGAUACGGAGGCUGUAUAACUUGAAGGAAGAUCGAAAACGCAUACCGCGUAAGUCCUUUUCACUCGAGGAAGCAGAGAACAGAACGUUUAUAUCGAGCGUUCCGAGUUGUCGAAAAGGAGAGUGCAGAUUUUUCAAGCUGCCGAUGAUGCAACGGCGUUAAUUUCUGCUUCAGCGCAAUCGACACAAUAAAAUCUAAAGGCUUCUGCUCCCGACCUUCAAGAUCGAGCAAGGAUCAUGCGUGGCGAGAUGCGACAGUAGAGAUCGCGCAGGAGAAUGCUCACAAUCGCGGACAGAUCCGCGAGACUGCAAAGCAUAGUUGCUGUACACGCCUCAUUCGCAAAAAGCUGACCAUUAAUUAUACUCGCUUGCCUCGCUCAACGUGCGUCGGAAUCAUGGAGAUAAUGAACGCCGAGGAUAUGGGCGAGCCGCGCGCUUCGCUCUCUACAAAGCGCCGCGACAGUCCCCCGUUGAUCUCGUGCAAUUGGCAGAUCAGCAAUAAUAAGCAAUUCAUUGAUGCCGUCACUACUGCGCCGCUGCGAUACGCGCCUGAAAGAAUAAACUGCGAAGAUGUAGCCUCUGUGGAUACUUGUAUCGCUCUACAGCCAAUGGAUUCCGGUACGGAGUCCAACGCAGAACCGUGCACGCUGAAUAUUGAAGUAUCGAACUGUCAGAGGAUAGCGCGCAUCGCCGUUGUUUCCGAAGGUAACGUCCUGGAGAUCUUCAAACAAUUUGGAGAAUACGAGACAACGAUACUCGCAGAGUUCAUAGACGAGUACGAGGGAAGUAUAGUUUUCCUCGGCGAAACGACGAUAAACCCUCCUACUACAGAAGUCAGUAUUAAGUUUAUUAGAACAAAAAAUAAAGGCCCUCCUAUGUGGGUAUAUGGUAUAAGACUGUUUUUGACGGAAUCUAUGAGAGAGGCAAAACCUAGUGCCUUCGAUUACGAUGUUAUUCGGACUUUUCUCAGUAACGCUAGCAAUGGCAAGACGAGUCAGGGAUCUGAAAUAGCGAGGAAAGUAUUUGGAUUUUACGAUAGAGAAGAAAUUACGAGAAAUUACGGAGAGAAGCUUUUGGAAACACAUGCCUCGGGUUCGAGGUACGACGAGCGUAUCAACGAAAAUGGAAGGAGCAAUAAUGACAAAGAAUUUCCAAAUUGCGGAGAUAAUUAUGAACAGUCAAGUGUCAAGUGUAAAAAUAGAGCUGUGAGAAGAGAUAGUGAGACAGAACACUUGAACUGUGAAGAGAAUUAUAAAAGCUCGGGCGCAGAUAUCAAAACCUGCAUUGAUAAUAACACAGAAUCUAUGAAGAAGACAAAAUCUGGUAUCUUCAAUUAUAAAGAUUUUAUCCAGACAUUUCUGAGUAAUGCCGGUAACGGCAAAACGAGUCGAGAAACUGACACGACAAGGAUGUUUGGGCUUCAUGAUAAAUUCGAUAAUAAUGAAAUCGUGAAUGAGCAGUUUUAUCAGAAAAUUUUGGGAACUCUUACUUCGGACUCGGAUCUUUUCACAUGUAAAAAUAAAAUCGCAAAAGGAGAUAAUGAAAGAGAUCGUCGAAGCUGCGACGAAGAAUGUACAAACCAUGAAGAUGAUAAAAAAUCCGAUACAGAUAUCAAAAUCUAUAUCGACAAUAAAUUCCACGAUAUGGAAAAGAGACUGAUGGAAAAAAUAGACGAAAUGGAAGCCAGAUAUAUCGAUAAUAAAUUCCACGAUAUGGAAAAGAGACUGAUGGAAAAAACAGACGAAAUGGAAGCCAGAGUGAAUCAGAAAUUGGAUGCCAUUUUGGAAAGACUUACACGGUUGAAUUUACAGUGAAUUUAUUCCUUAAUUAUUAAUUUAGUAAGUUAUUUUUUUAUAUUUAAUAUAAUAGAAGAUUUAAGUUAUCAAAUAUUAGUUAAAUUUUUUAAUGUAUAUAAUGAAUUGUUUUGUCACGGAUAUAUCUUUUUGUUUUUAUUAGCUAAUUAAAAACUCCGACUCAACAAAAUAUAGUUUCUUUUUGUUAUUUUUAUGCAAUCUUUUUUUUAUUAUAUUAGAAUUUGUAUUCAUGUAUAUUAUAUACGACUGUUUGCAAAUUUUGUAUCAAAAGCACAUAUAAAACAUUGCACAUUUUUGAAUUUAUAUUUAAAUACUCUUAACUCACACAUGUAUUUAAUGUGUCCUAAAUUAGUAAUAGAAAUCUGCAAACGUCUCAAGAGAGACAUUUAGUAUACAUAUAUUAAUGUUAUUUUAUUUAUACAAAAGUAUUUGUGCAAACUAAGCUUUCUAAAAUGCGAUUAUAAAAUUACGUACACGAGAACAGAAAUAUAUCACUCCAUGUUAAUCAUAUUAUGAUUGUUCUCAUAUUUAUAAAUAUAUUAUAAAAUUGUUUCAAAAGACAGAAGCAAUACUUAACAAACAAAAUAGGAGGCGUUAAAAUAACACGAUUGCAAUAUAAAUUAAAGAAAAUGA